AUGCUCUACCUCGCCUUGAUCUCGAUUCUCGCGCUCGUUAGCCUCGACGCAGCGCUCGCUGACCACCAGACGUGCUCGUGGCGAGGGCCUGGUCCUCGCAACCCCACCAAGUACGGCUUCGUGCUAUUUUGCUCGGCGCCGAAGCACAUCGUAGAUGAUCAGCAUGCCCAGUACCUGUGCGAAGGCAACAACAUCAAGGUGGCCGACUUCAACUUCCUCGGUCCAGGACUGCUUGAGUUCGGAACGCCGUGCAAUAAUCAGGGUUACGCUGAGAACUGCAAGGACUCGACGUGGGGCCUCUGCAUCGCAGCUCACGGCACAGGUACCGCAGAGCCCCAGAUUGCCCCGAGGUGUUUUUAUAUGGCACGGUAUGACGACUGCCAGUGGCCUCAGCAGUUCAACUUGAGCACCUUGCCCGACGCCGUCUUCAUCUACCUGAAUGGUAGCAUGAACCGCCUCACCACCGUCACUCUCCUCGCGCUCUUCGCCUUCGCGGCUCUCGCCCGCGCAGAGCACGCCGUCUGCUCUUGGCUUGCCUUUGGCUCAGGUUCGCCCAAGUCGCAUGGCUUCACCAAAUUCUGCACCGCGCCCAAGAGUAUUCCCCCUGCAGACCAGGUUCACGCCACCUAUCACUGCGAGGGCACUUUGACUAAGGUGGCAGAUUUCAGCUACUUACGAUCGGUUUUCGCCUGCUCCUUUGCGCUCUUUCUCGCCCUCAUCGCUGGCAUCUUCCCCGUUGCCGACGCAGACCAUUACACCUGCAGCUGGAUCUGGGCUCCAGGCAAUCCUACGACGUACAACUUCUCCAAGUUCUGCGAUGCGCCAAUCACCGUAUUCCGCGAGACCAAGGGCAUCUACUGGUGCAACAACACCAAGCUACAGGUCGCCGAUUUUGACUAUCUGGGACCAGGUAUUUUGGAGUUUGGAACUGCGUGUUCUCGUAAAGGAUACUCUCCGGACUGCUCCAAGGCCUACUGGGCCGUGUGCAUCAGCGAUACUGACUGUCGCGUGAUGAAUAAAAAGGACGACUGUGAGUGGCCGGUCAAGUUCAACAUUAGCACGGCCCCAAAAUCGGUGUCCGUCUACUCCGUCUGA